UUAGUCAUACAAUAAUAACAUACCAAACAAUUAUGUUAAUUUUUGGCCAAUUAGUCCAAAUUGUUUUAUUAGUAUUAAUAUCAGUAAAUAUUUUGCUAAUCAAGUCUACCACUGAUCUCUGCGAUGAUACUGUUGGUACAAAUACAACACCGACACCUAGUAGUAGUACUAACCCUACCACUACUACCCUUUCAAAAUCAACUACCCCUGAAACUAAAGAGCCUAAAUUGCCUGUAAAAUCUGGAGGACCUAGAGGCUAAUCAAAACUAGUACUGAUCUCUGCGAUGAUACUACUAUUACUAAUACUAAUCCGACUACUUCUACCCCUAUCCCUACUAAAACUACUACUACUAGACCUAUGUUGGGAACACUAUAUAAUAUAACAACUGGUACUUGUUUUCCCGUAUCAUUGAUGACCAACAACACUGAUAACAAACAUUUUUGCGGCGGAUCUAUAAUAAGUCCCCAUUGGAUACUAACAGCAGCCAGUUGUGUAUAUAAUCGUACAGUUUCUAGUUUUUACAUUAAUCUUCUCGGACACCAUUAUCCGGUCAACCAAACCGUUAUACACGAUCAAUACUCGGCCGCAACUCACGAAAACAAUAUAGCAUUGGUUAGGGUUGACGGAUAUAUUGUGGACAACGAAAUGAACGAAAUGAUAGCAAUUGCCGACCAACCGCCUGCUAACUGGUCAACAGCUUAUCUACACGGCUGGGGACACGAUAGAUACAGUUGGGGAAUGAAGGAAUAUAACGCCCGGAUAAUCGAUUUGCAACAGUGCACUGGUAUGAUGUUGUCGUCAAUAACGGCCAACAAUAAAAAUACAACAACAAAUUCAUUAAUUAUUAAUAGUAACAAAGUUUGUUUGGUAACCGCUAAGGGAGAGGGUGUCUGUAAUGAUGAUGUAGGUGGUGCAGUGACAAUAGAUAAACAAAAUCAAAGUCAAACAUUAGAGCAUAGUAGAAAAAAAUACUAAUCGGUAUCAUAUCGGUAGACCUGGCCUGCGGUAUCGAUGGCCGACCCCAAGUUGUUACCAGUAUUUAUCCAUAUCUUCAAUGGAUUAGCAAUAAAACAAAUAUUCAUGCGAUUAGCAAUAAUAAUAAUAAUGUUGACAAUCGGCCGGUUAUUUGUUCAACAAAAUUAUCCCGAUAUCAUAGUGGCCAUACCGCGGCAUUGAAAGAUGAAUUUAAUGACCACUUAUGCGGCGGUACUAUCAUUGGUCCGAAUUGGAUACUAACGGCCGCCAGUUGUGUAUAUAAUCGUUCCUUAUCAAAAGUCUAUGUUGGUGUCGGUAAACAAAAUUUCCGAUAUAAUAAUACAUACUAUGCUGUCGACCAAAUCAUUAUCAACGACCAGUACUCAUCUGAGACUAAUCAACAUAAUAUAGCACUGGUUCGGGUCGAGCCCUACAUAAGUGACGCUAAACUGGUACGUAUAGUUCAAUUGGCCGAUCAAACAGUUAUUGACGACUCGAC